ACCGCAGUCUAUACUCUGGAUAAAAGGUGUAUGUACGUGAUGUACUUAGUAUACUUUGAAUAAUGCCCAACUAGAGAGGAAAACAAAAGGGGACUACUGAAAAAAAAAAACUAUUAAAGAGUAAAGACUAUUGAAGAAAUCAUAAGCAUAUCUACUGUUGUGAUUUCACAAUAGACAGAGUACAUAGACAGAAGCACGAUCGUUGCACAGAAGACAAAGCAAGAACAAGUAACAGACACAACCUUAUGAUGUCCAGAGUCCAGCAAUCAUUGAUACGGAGUAUUGAGAGGGGAGAUGGGGCAGGCGUGGAGGCUGCAAUUGAAGCUGGAGCAUCUGUAGACAGGGUGGAGAGAGGUGGAUGGGCAGCUCUGCAUCAUGCUGUAGCUAGUGGCAAUAGUGAAAUAGUUCACCUUUUGAUGGCAUACUCUGCCAGUCCUGACAUCAGGAGCAUGGGUCAGGGAGAAGAGGGAGCAACAGCCCUCCACCUUGCAGCCUGUACAGGCAACACCACCAUCAUGAAGCUUUUGCUGGACAGUGGGGCAGAUACAGAAGCAGUUGAUCAGCGAGGCAAGACAGCUGUACACUGGUCAGCUCUACAAGGAAGAUUGGAAUCCCUGAAGAUAUUGCAGGAAAACAACUGUAACCUAAGGGCUCAGGUUAGCGGCCGAGGUACAGCACUCCAUUAUGCAGCUGCAUUUGGAGAUGUGGAGGUGGUGGAAUGGUUGGUAGAGCAAGGCGUAGACAUUACAGGCAAGGAUAAAAAUGGUCGGCUAGCAAAAGAUGUGGCUAAGAGGAAUGGUCACAUGCAUGUCCACCACCUCCUGAAGGAACUGGCAAAGAGACAGCCAAGGAAUAAUAAGAUCACGAAACAAGAUACUACUGAUCAUAUAAGUGUGCCUGUGCCCAAGCCUCGAAGAAGGACUCUCCGUGGCAAGAAAGAAGAGCCAAGGCAAGAAUCCACUGUCGUGCAGGCAACCAGUAGUUCUCCCCAAACAUCAGAUUCUCCUAUCACCUUCAAGAAGAAAGGAUGGGUUCUUCGCUCCCUGUCAGUUGGGAACAAGGGUGGACUAAAACUACAAGUGGAAGAGAUGAAGUGGGAAAUGGCAGAAAUGGAGAAAGCUUUAAGAGCCAAAGAUGUACAAAUUGCUCGUCUUCAGGGAGACAUAUUUACUACUGAGCUUGAAAAGGUGAGAUUAGAGGAGCAGCUGAAGGAAGUGACAACACACUCAGAACAUUGGCAUGAGUUAAUUGAAGAGCAGCGACAUUCACACCAGAAGGCGCAAUCUGACUCUGUCCACACCAACAUAGAGACACAGGAUAGAACAGCUCUUCUACUUGAGUUGCAAGAUGCCAAAGCAAGACUAGAAGAAGAAGAGCAUGCUAGAGCUAGUGAGAAAUAUGCUAGUGAGCUCAAAAUAGCAUCCCUCACCUCAGAGCUGAAAGAAGCUACACAGAAGGUGAAGAAAUAUGGAAUUCGCCAGAAGAAACUUCUUGGUAAAAAUAAAACUUUUGAAGUGGACCUUACGACUGCAGGAGUACCAUCUGGUCUCCCUGACCAGGGGAAUGCUGGUUUAAUGAACUCCAUUGUUCAGUGCCUCUAUAGCAUUGUCAACUUUCGUGACUAUCUCACCAGUGAUGACUACAGACGUGAUGUUGUGUCAGAGGAUGAGAUAGUGGAGGCACUGACUGGAGUGUUUAAAGCACUGAAGGCUGGUGUGCAACCAGAGAUUCUUACCAAGAUGCAACAUUUUAAGGGAGCUGUCAGGAGUCUAGAAAAGCCAUCCCAUGAUGGUCAUUUACAUGAUAUUCAUGAUCUACUAAUGAAACUUUUGCUUCAUCUCCAUCACAACUUUCAUCAAGAUGGUAGGACCUCAUUGGUGUCACAGUUGUUCCUUGGAUCCCAGGAGCACAGGAUCACAUGCCGUUGGACGGGAGAGGAUGUAUCGCUUGUAGCUGAAGACUUCUUUACCAUUCAUCUUGAUGUAACUGGACAGAAAGAAACAUCUCUCCAGAACUUAUUGGCAGACCACUACCAGCCUCUAAACAUUGAGCAUGACUGUCCUCACUGCCUCAGGAGUCACCUUUGUCGCAAACAGAUCAGUGUCACCUGCCUUCCUUCUAUCCUGAUUAUUCAUCUUGCCAGAAAAGAGAAGAGUCCCAAUGUCACCUUCCCUUCUUCCCACUUCAUGCUAGAUGAUAUCCUCAGAUGUGACAGUUCCUCAUAUGAGCUGUUUGGAGUUGUGAGUCUGCAGAAUGGCAACUCCCCUCAGUACAAGGCUUUCUGCAGGAACUUACUAAACUCCAUGUGGUAUCUCUGCAGUAAUGAGAAAGUGCGUGUUGUCAAUAUUCAGAGUGUCUUGGAUCAGCCUAGUGCACACAUUCUUUUCUAUUCUGCUGAGAUUAUUUAAUAGGUUAGAGAAAUUAAUCAUGUUCUUUGAUGGAUUCAGGGGCAUUACAAACAAUAUGAUGUCCCACUUUAUGAAUGCAAAUGCACACAACAAGAGUAAUUUUUUUACAAGUUCCAAGAUAUUGUAUUUUAAGACUUGGAAAAAUAUCUUGACCAUUUUCAAUCUUGAAUAAGGGACUAUCAAUACACUAAUAAAAUGGCAAGACUGCCAAACCAUAAAAUGUUUUUGUUGGAGUCUCUUCAUUGUUCACUUUGGCCAUGGUCAAUAAUAAUUUGAUAAGUUUCUUCAUGGUGCAGAAUAACUAGAUAAGCUAAUAGAAUAAGAUAGUACAUUCCAUUGAAGUGAUAACAAUUGACUUCAGAGAAAUGUUACUUGAAUACUCUUUUUCUAGAGGAUAAAAGAUCAUGAAGUAUGCAGAUUCUGGAAGUGCAUGCAACUUUUAGAAGGAUUUUAUAUCACUUCACAUCCUAGAGAGUUGUCAUGCAAUUGUGGAAGUCCAGUAAAUAUGAACAUGGUGCUAGCAUAGUAAUAAGCUCCCACAUGAAUAUUAUGUGUGUCUGAUAAGAUCUCAAAGCCCUGACAUCUUGUGAUUUUUCCUGUGACCAAAAUUUACACAUUUCUUUUGUAAUUUGCUAUUAACAUAAUGUCCUUUGAGGUCAAUAGUAAGUGUACAGCAAGUGCCUAUAUGCAUAUAUUUUUGUAUUUAAAUUUUAUGUAAAGAAAUUUCACAACUAUUCAGUUAAGUACCUUAAACUACACUUCAUUUUAUGUAGUUGAUUCAUUAUGUGUAUGUGUAGCUAAGAAAUUAAUAUGAAAAUGCUAUUGU